AUGGAGAAUGACACAUCUGUGUUUCUUCUCUUGGAAUUCUCAAAGAUAUGGGAAAUAAAGAUUAUGUAUGUAACUUUCUUCCUGCUAUUGUAUUUAAUGACAAUAACAGGCAACGUUCUUAUCAUCUCUGCGGUUGCUUUGGACUCCCACCUUUAUACCCCCAUGUACUUCUUCUUGAUGAAUUUAGCCCUGCAAGAUAUUGGUUCUGUUUCAGUCAUCGUCCCCAAAGCUGUUGUUAAUUUGGUCAUGAAUAUCAGGUAUAUUUCCUAUUCAGGGUGUGUUGCUCAGGUCCUCCUGUUUGUCUUCUUCCUGGGCUCUGAUGUGGGCCUCCUGACUGUCAUGGCGUAUGAUCGGUUUGUUGCCAUUUGCAAUCCUUUACAGUAUGAAAUGAUAAUGAACAGAAAGCUCUGCACUAAAAUGGUUGGCAGUGUGUGGGUUAUCAGCUUCAUUAAUGCUGUGCUGAACACUACUGGAACUUUUACUAAUCAUUUCUGCUCAAAUACAAUCAAUCAGUUCUAUUGUGAAAUCCCACAGUUACUUAAGUUUGCCUGCUCAGAUAUAUAUGUCAUUGAAAUUGGAUACAUAAUAUUUAUAACAACAUUAGUAUUUGGUUGCUUUGUGUUCAUCACUGUUACUUAUGCACAGAUCUUCUUUGUUGUUUCAAGAAUCCCUUCUGUUCAGGGAAGAAAAAAGGCCUUCUCUACUUGCUUGCCCCACCUCACAGUUUUCUCCAUAUUUUGGGGUGCCUCCUCAUUUGCUUACCUGAUUCCUCGACCUGACAAACCAUCACACUUUGAUUUCACUGUUACAAUAAUGUAUUCCAUCAUUCCACCCAUGUUGAAUCCAUUAAUCUAUAGCAUGAGAAACAAGGAUAUCAAAGUUGCUCUUUCAAAAAUUUUCAGUGCGAAAAAUAGAAAAUGGGAAAUGUAA